AUGGGCUUGCAUGUAGACCAGCUCCUGACGGUGCAGCAUGACGUCCUCGAUGCCGAGCCGGGAUAUCUCAAUGUCUCGGCUGGAGAUCAAGUUCGGAUUCUGUAUAUCGGAAGCGACGACAGACAAGACGAGCACGGCUGGGUUUUUGGUGCGACGGCACAGUGCAAAGGGUGGCUCAGCGUCCAGAACUUGAAAAUUGAAUCAGAGGAUGCGUGCGAAGCCAUCAUUGCCAAGCGAGGCGCGCUUUCCAAAGGUGCUGGCUAUUUGUGCAUUCGCAAGGGGGAGCCGCUGAUCAUCAAACACGAAGAGAACGAGUGGCUGUUUGGUUGGUCGAAUGAGCAGCAGCAGCAAGGGUGGUUUCCACGUCUGGUCCUAACCAAACCAGCUCCUCCACCCGAGGAGGAGUGGGAAGCAUUGCAAAACAAGCAGAAACCUCAGUUCGACCAGCUCGCAGCAAGCGCAGCUGCCAGUACGGAAGCCUUAGCAGGCCCUGAAAGUCUGCCCAGCUGGACAGUUGGCCGAAGAGCUCCAAAAGCACCAUGGAAUUAUGCAAUCAUGGACAACCGGAGAAGAUGCUGCGUGUCCAGAUUCAGGUUUGGUUGUCACCAGAGUCUUCUGCCCAUGCUCGACGUGGUAUCAAGCUGA